ACAGCUAAGCCUAUUAGUAUCAAACCAACCACUGCACAAUGAGCUACGAGUACAGCGAAAUCACCGAUCCCACCUAUCUGGCGACUCGCCAGGAACGAAACGAGCCCGACUACGUCUUAGUGAGACCAACGGACUGUUCCCAGGUUCCCAUCCGGGAUCCAAACUGGAAGUCAAAGCCAACUGUGCUGACAUCUGUUUUCAAAAACAUUGAUUCCGCGCUGAAAAAGUUUCAAGUCCUACCGGACGAUGUAUGGGUGGCGUCGUAUCCGAAAAGUGGAACCACUUGGUGCCAGGAGAUGGUCUGGUUGAUCUGUAACGAUCUGGACUACCAGCGAGCGGCCGAUGUCAACUUGGUGGAGCGAUUUCCUUCCAUGAAAUUGAGCGGACUAUUUAGUCGUCCUGACGACCAUCGUCCUUUUAAAGAAGUGCUGGAGAUGCCUAGACCACGGUUCAUCAAAACCCAUCUGCACGUUGGACUACUUCCGGAAGCGAUUUGGACGGUGAAGCCAAAGAUUGUGUACGUCCAUCGGAACCCCAAAUCGGUCGCAGUGUCCUUCUACCAUCAUUCGGCGUCGUUCACCGGAUAUAAAGGAACGCUGGAGGAUUUCACCCGCUCAUUCAUGCGAGAUUUGCAACUCUACUCCCCCUACCAUGAGCACGUUAUCGAGUACAGCCAGCUGAGUCACCUGGAUAACGUGCUAGUUUUAAAGUACGAAGACAUGAAGCAGGACCUACUUCCAGUUCUGAGAAGAGUCUGCACAUUUUUCAACAAGCGCUUCAGUGACGAACAGUUGGCAACUUUGUCCAAACAUCUAUCCUUCGAAUCAAUGAAGGACAAUCCGGCGGUUAACUUUAGCCGAAUGGUGAAUCCGCGGACUGGUUUGAAGGUACCAUCAAUGGAUGCUCUUCCUGAGAAUCAACGAUUUAUGCGCAAAGGAAAAGCGACCAGUUACAAAGAGGAACUUUCUUUGGAACUGCAGACAGAGAUCGAUGAAUGGACACGAAAUAAGAUAAAAUUCUCUGAACAUCUUAAACUAUUCGUAUAAUCCAAGGAUAUUAAAUUAACCUAAAUUAAUUAUA